AUGAGUAAAAUAACAGCGGCAUGGAGUGCUGCCGGCUUAUAUCUAGUUAGCGAGGGUAUCUCAAAGAACAAGACCGCGUAUUAUAAUGCGUUGGCGACCACUUGCCCAACAUGGGAGGAUGCACGGCAUUAUUUCAACCAUAUACUAUAUGAUCGCCGUGUGAACCAUCAACGUGGUCAAUCAUUUAGCAUGAUUAUUAGCACCGCUAACACUAAAAGUGCACGAGAUCUAGCCCAGAGAAAUGCUCGGCCACCGGUGCUAAGCAGCAACGAAUUGCAGCAUUUGAACAGCAUAACCAGAGAAACAUAUGAUUUUGACCAAUAUGGAUUGCUCGCCAUCCACGCUUACACCAGAGCACAACUGGCAGAUUCCUCCAUUAUCACAUCGCCAUAUAGCGGAGAACCAGGAUACGCAGAGACCAUUAGUGAAGUCACUAAAGCCAACACCCCCAGACCAGACCGUAUGGGCUUGGGCUCGUCACGGCGACCUGGCCGUGGAAGGGACGGACAAGUUGUGUCCCCGUCCAAUAGACCCGAGCGCACCGCGGUCGAGUACAAUGAUAAUGAUUCCAUCGACGACAUCGACAUGGAUAGAGUUGGAGGCGACGAUAUCCAGUCCAACCACGAGCCAAUGCACAGUGAUCCCGAGCCUCACUCAACCGCAAACUCCAGGCCCCCUGCCCCAGAGCACAUAGGCGAUGAUGAUGCUCUAAUGGUUAAUUCUACGAACCCCGAGCGUGACAAGUCGGGUACUUCCGGGCCCCCUGUCCCAGAGCGCAUAGGCGAUAAUGAUGCUCUAAUAGUUGAUUCUACGAACCCCGAGCGUGACGAGUCGGGUGCUUCCGGGCCCCCUGUCCCAGAGCGCAUGGGCGAUGAUGAUGCUCUAAUAGUUGAUUCUACGAACCCCGAGCGUGACGAGUCGGGUGCUUCCAGGCCCCCUGCCCCAGAGCACAUGGGCGACGAUGAUGCUCCAAUGGUUGAAUCUACGAACCCCGAGCGUAACAAGUUGGGUGCUCCCGGGCCCCCUACCCCAGAGCACAUAGGCGACAAUGAUACUCCAAUGGUUGAAUCUGCGAACCCCAAGCAUGACAAGUUGGGUGCUCCCGGGCCCCCUACCCCAGAGCACCUUAGGAAUGAACCAACCCACGAUACAGCACAGGAUCAUGAAGGAGAUAACCUCGCCUCUAGGGCUGACGCCGCCCACCAGUUAUUAGACAUGCUUCAAAGCAAGGAACAGAGAGAAGGACCACAACCUACACCGAUUCCUAACGUACAACCUACGCCGGCCCCUGUCGUGCAAUCUGCCACCAACACAACAAAAACCAAUGUCAGCCAAACGAAGUCUCAUGGAAACCGCCACGUGAAGGAUCGGUGCGCCUGUGCACGGGUAAUGAGUGGUACGAAUAUUCAGGCUGUGGCUAGCUUAGCGAGGUAUAACGAACGGAAUCCCCACGAUGAAGUUCGAGCAAUUGCAGUAUUCCAUGCAAUCGCUACCGAUCUUAAGGCUAUGAAGGAUUCUCUAACAACCAAGAGAAAUAAGGUCAUGUGUAACGAUCACAUAAGUACAUUAACUACAGCUAUUAACAUGAACAUUCGACGCCAAAGGCUUUCCACAGUUAUCCGCCAGUUCCAUGCAGUCGCCAAACACGCUAGCAGUCGGGACAAGUGGUAUCAGAGAAACGUCCAUCAUACAACUCGGUCCAAAUGGUUCCACCACGGCCGUAUCGAAUACCGCAAGAUUUCAAUUAACAAAUUAAAACCUUUCCACAGUGUUCCUGUUGAAGACAUCGAUACUGAACUAUCUCCCACAUUCUUCGACAUCACAGUAACCGAAGCAGGCCUGGCAGAUAUUUUAUCAGAUAUUCUCCAUCAGUGCCAUAUCACAGGCAACAAUCUUGGCCAUAGUUUUCGCACCAAGAGCUUAAUCACCUUAAAGAAGUUGUUUUCGUGGUGGAACGAUGGUCACGCACCCACCAUAGCCAAGAUUACCCAGGAGGAAUUUGACACUUUCGAACAUCAUUUGAAGACUAAACAUAAGCUAGAAAACAAUACAUCUCCAGUCCGCACCUUCUUCCAGUACGCCCUUACCCAGCAUCUUAUGCAAAUAGAUCCGGUUCUUUUCAUCAUACAGCAUUGUCUUCGGCCAUUCUUCCGUGAAGAGAAUGCACUCGAUCCUCAUACCGUGGCGAUUCCCCUGCCGGCCAUCUACGCACACCCUCGAACUGUGUCCUCAUCCACCUGGAUGCACGAUCCAAACUGGGAUGGCAAGAACACAUACCGCACCCCCCUAUACGGUGUCGUCCCUAUCAUCAACCAGGACAGUGCCGGCAUGCGAUACCAUGCCAUACCAUUUGGAACCAGCAGGGCGGUUGCUCUACAAUUUGCAAAAAAGUGCGAAGAACUAGACGAUCCACUUGAAUUUGCCCCCGUGCCAGUUCGGGUGAAUCCCAACGUCGCUAURAAGGUGCAUCAGUCCCAGACCCAGAUGUUCCCCGUCACUGAAGCGACAGUUUCUACGUUGAGCGCGGUGGUCUGGGACGGAUGUAUCCCCAUGACGCCAUAUUCAAAACCCCACGGUCAUGAGAAUGAACAGAUCCUCGCAUAUCAGGUUUGUUUCACUCAUCCAGAAUAUAAAGACACAAUCCGCUACCCUCAGCUGGAGAAAGCCCGCGCCAAUUGCCAUCCAUUGUACACUGGUACCGACAGGCAGGCUGCGCAGUUCAUAGAGAUGCCAGGCUACUACAGAUUAUCCUAUCUUACCCCUCUUAGUAGCAUCGAUGACCUAGGUCGGGCCAUUCUAGCCCAACAGCCGUGGGGGGCUGGCGCUAUAUCCAUUACUACUCUUCUACUUGGGCCAGACCGUGAUGCUGCGUGGUCAUAUAUACAGAAUUAG